CGGGGGGAGGAGGAGGAGGAGGAGGAAGGAGAGGGCUGGGGGGACCCGAGCAGCAACCACCCCCCCGCCAAGUCCCCGAGCUGUAAUAUCACAGUAAUCCCCCCAUGCGAUACAGGCGAUAUCGCACAGCCACCGACAGGCACCUGCAGGCGAGCAGCAAGCAUGAACUUGGCAACACAGGACUGUGAGCGGCAGGACCCUGUGGUCUGAACCGCGUCUUCGGCUGACUUCCCAAGUCGCAAGGCGCCGCUGAUCCCGUACCAUGGAGGACUGCCUUCACACCUCCUCUGAAAACCUCUCCAAACUGGUGAGCUGGGCCCACAGCCAUGGGACCAUUUGCAGCCUCAUCCCCAACCUCAAGCACCUGCUCUCUGAGGGCUCCCAUGGCAAUCUGACGGCCAUGUGGGGCUGUAGUGCCGGCCAUGCCUACCACUGGCCCCUGGCUGCCACAUGCCGGGCUGGAUCCCAGGAGCGUGUCUGUUUCCAGGACAGCCGCAGCUUCAACUCGGACAGCCCCAGCAUGCUGGGGGUGUCCUCGGAAGUGCAGGCCAGCCCCCUGGAGCACUACCCGGGCCGGCCGGGCAAGGCCAAGCUGGAUUGCACCCGCACCCGUGAUUCCUGCGACUUCUCCUACUGCAGUGAGCCGUCGGAGCUGGGCGAGCCCGUGGAGGAGUAUGAGGAUGAGGCCACCCUCUUCGACAUGGUCUGUGAGUCCUCUGUCACCGACGAGGACAGUGACUUCGAGCCGCACACCCAGCGGGCCCCCACCGGCCUCCGCAAGCGUGCAGCUGCCAGCCGGCCCACCGCUUCCCAGGCCCAGCCUGCCGACGAGGGCGGCAGUGAGGUGCUCCUCAAGAAGAUCAAGCAGGAGCUCCCGGAGGACUACUACAUAGUGGCCAACGCCGAGCUGACCGCCGGCGCCGACGGGCCGGCCCUGGCCCUGACGCAGAUGUCCAAGCCCAAGCCUCAGCCCCAGCCGGGGCCCUCCUGCCUAGGCCCUGCCAGGGCCCUGUCCCAGCCCGCGGCGGGCCCCGACCCGGAUCCACAGCACCCCUCCACCUCCCCGCCCGGCCCACCUCGGCUGGUCGCACAGAGGCCGCUCCGGGGCUCCCUGGCCUCCCCAGCACGGGGGGCAGGCGGUGGCCCCGUGGCUGCCCUGCAGGUGCCGGCCACCAGCUCCAACGCCGCCACUGCCGCCUCCGGGAAGCCCAUCAGCAUCCCGCUGUCAGCCCUGCAGCUGCCUGGUCAGGAGGAGCUGCCGGCCGCUGAGGACACCCUCCCACCCGCCCCGCAGCUGGCCCCAGGCGGCGAGGUGGCCGGCUCGCCGUCGGUGAGUGCCGAGCCCGAGGUCAGCUCCAGCCAGCAGCAGCCCCCCGCCGUUCCCACCACCACUCCUGAGGCAGCAGCACAGUCGAUGCCAGACCAGGAUGAGAGGGCAGCUGAGCUCAGCAGGGAGCAGAAUGAGAAGACCAUUCGCAGCACACAGACAGCUCUCCGCAAUUUCCGAGAGUUCCUCAUCUCCAAGUAUCCCUCUGAGACCCGGGAGAUCUACGUCAUUCCCUGCAAAGAGCUUGAUGCCUACCUUGCUUCCUUCUUUGUGGACGCCAGACAAAAGGAUGGUUCUGAAUACGAGCCAAACAGUCUGGCCAACUAUCAGUGUGGGCUGGAGAGGUACCUAAAAGAGCACAGGUAUGGAUACAGCAUUACAAGGGAUAAGGAGUUCAAGAGGUCCCAGGAAGCUCUAAAGCAAAAGCAGAUAGAGCUGAGGUGUAAGGGGAAAGGAAACAAGCCACACAAAUCCAUGAAGCUCACCUUUGCUGAUGAGCUUAUCCUGCGCAAAAGAGGCUUGUUGAGCCGGUACAAUCCAGAAGGGCUGCUGAACCUUGUCUGGCUAAACAACACUAAGGCAUUUGGACACUGCACAGGUUUCCAUGGGUCUACCCUGAAAUGGGGAGACAUCCGGCUGCGGGUGACGGAGACUGGGUUGGAAUACCUAGAGUGGAUGGGGCCAGACAAUGGAGACGUCAAUGCCAAGAGCAAGAGGGGCGGGACGGACUCUCGGGUGUAUGCCACCCAGCACUCCCCACAGACCUGCCCCGUGCAAGACUACAAGGAGUAUGCCCAGAGGCGGCCUCCAGCCAUGCGCUACGAGGAUGCGCCGUUUUACCUGUCCAUCAAACCCGUCGUCAACUUGGCCGCGCUUCACUGGUACAACUGCCAAGCCCUGGGGAAAAACAAGCUUGCCAAGAUGGUAAAGACGAUGUGUGAGAAAGGCAACAUCCCUGGCCGGAAAACCAACUUCAGCGUCUACCAGAGCUGUAGCACCCUCUCAGAAGCACAGAGCAACCAGCUGGUGCUGAUCUGCAAUAACCUGAGCCAGCAGGCUGCCCAGUCUGUGGCAAGCCACUCGAAUACUGGCAACUUCAUAGUGUCAGCAUCCUAUGAUUCCUCCUCUGACACGGCUUGAAAGAGGGACAUCACCUGAACAUUUCUUUCUUUUCCUUUUUGUUUCAAGCAUUGAAUUUGUGCCCAAUAAUACACAUCAACUGUGAUUGUACACUAUUCCCUCAUAGCCCUCUUUCCAGUGUUAAUUCGCUUUAUAAAAAUAUAUAAAUAUAUAAUAUAUUUUUCUUUUUACAGAUAAGUCAAUAGAAAUAGUUUAGUAUUACUAACAUAGUAUUUAUAGUAUUAAUACAAAAAUGAAAGGUACUUAUGGGUUAUAAUAUAAAUGCAGAUUUUAAAAGGACAAAAUGGUUCUCAGGCAACACAAGAUGAUAGACUGAAAAUGCCAUUUUUAACAUGCACACAUCAGUGAGUGUAAAACCCCAGGGAGGCUUACACAGCAGUUCUAUUUUAAAGCAUUUUCUCAACUUCUUAUUUUAACAUGACCUCCCAGAGUGGAGGAGACAACCUUAUCACUGGCUGCUGCUUCUUACCUGCUGGCUUAUUCUUGAUCAGCAAGACCAAGAAAUAAAAGAUACAUCAAUGUAAGUUCAUGAAACCAUUUACAUUUUUUGUCCGGUUUUUGUUUUGUUUCCUGAGGCUCAUUAAUGCUAGAUGGGAAAAAAAGCCUGAAGUCAGCUAAAGGCUAUUUUUAACUUUCAUUUUUGUUGAUGAUUUUCUGUGAUCAAAAUGUUGCUGGUCUUUAGACUAAAAAAUAUUGUUUUCAAUGAUAUGCAGAAGUAUAAUGGCAAAACCAUUGUCAUACACAUAAUUUUAACUGUUUAACCAUGGGUUGUUAGUAUUUUGUCACUGUGUGUAUACAUAAUGUAAAAUUUAAUGACUUACAGCACUCUUUCAGUAUUCUGGGGAAUGCAACAGCACAGAAAAAUCCACAAUCUGAUCCCAAACUGUACAGAAAAAAAAUGCAUCAAAUACUUCUUAAGUCAGCAUUUGAAGCUCACAAAAAAAUAGCAUAGAAACUGUAAUGAUAAUUUCAUAUUUACCACUGAAAAUGAAAAAUCUGGAUAGUUUACAUGCUGGAAAACAAAUUUAAGUCAGCUACGCAUAAUCUAUUUCCAUUGCAGACCAUGGAAAAUGUGCAUGUGAAUCUGAAGCCUUGAAAUAGUGAGUGCUACUCUUCCAGCAUUUGACUCUGCAAUGUAUUUGUUCUUCUCCAAGUAUGGGGAAAACGCUAACAAAUCCAGUAUUUCAGUGAACAGUUGUAAUUCUUGACCUUUAAGAUUAUAUAUGGUACUUCUCAAGUAAUUCAGCUUAGUUUAUAUUCCACUAGGAUAUCCUAGGGCCCUGAUGAGGCUUUAGACAAGUCUGCAAGAGUGAUCUAAUGCCCACUGAAGACAAUGAAAGAGUCAGCCUCAGCUGACUUUCCAUGGGUGUUAGAUCUAACUGUACUGAGGGGCUUUUUUAUUUUUUUUAACUGCUCUGUUUCUUUAUGCUUGUUUGUCUUUAUUCCUUCACAUUCCUGCUUGUCUUUCAUAUUCUUUAGAUCUUCAACUGUGCAGUGACUUUAAUCAUCACUAUUUCCAAAGAAAGGGUGAAAGAAAGGUAGCAGACAAUGAAAAAUAACCCUCCUGGCACCAUUUAAAACCUGUUUUCUGUGUUACUAGGAUGAAAAGUUCCUGUGUGCAAGGGAGGUGGCCUGCACCUCGCUUAAGCGUUACUGAAGGUCUGUUUUGGGGAUGGGGUACGUAGCAGAUGUGCCACUGGGAGGUCUUAAGAGCAGAGAUUUCCACUAUAAUAAAUAUCUGUCUUCCCUGCAGCUUCCUUUAGGUGACACAGCCUGGCUGUGAUCUCUUUGUGUUCCACACAUAGCAAGGCUGGUACAAAGCCUGUGUUUCCUGUGUGCUGGCUGUCCCAGGAUCUUGUAUGACACAGUAGUGUAACCACCAAAGCUACAGCCUCUGAGUUACUGGCCACUGAAUCUCAGGGCUAGGCAGUGGACAAGGGGGCACAGGCAGCCAUUCAUAGUGCAGAGCUAUGCUUUUGUGACUUUGUUUUGGGCUUGAGACCAAAUCGUGAUGCUACUGAAGUGAGUGCAAGCUGUGUCCAUGAUUUUCAGUGCCAUGGCAAACCUGACUUGCAGGUGAAGGAGAAAGCAGCACAAGAAGACUUCAGAUGCAUCCAGCAAGAUGGCUGCCCAGCUUCCAGGUGAGGCCAGCCAUCUCAUUGCUGUUUGCAAAGCACUGCCUUUUCAUGGCAGUGAUACAGUUUUAGUGUGAUACAGUUAAAAAUAGUUUUGCAAGGCUGGUGCUGAUCUGUGUGGGAUUUCUUUGCUGUUUCCCAUGGAAGACUCACACAGCUGCUCUUAGUAUGUGCUGGAGUGCAGAGGGUCUCAUGCCAAGGAGCUCCCCAGACAUGCCAGGUGAAGCAGCUCCAUUUCACCAUGGAGCCAGCUUCUAGAAAAGUGUUUGGUCGCUGUUUCCCCCCUGUCGGUACUUCCCAAUGGCAGAUAAUGCACAACCUGACCUACUUUCCCACCUUGCCUUUCCUGUGCUGCAACAUGAGGCUGGAUAUCAGCUGGCCUUUGUCAAGCAGCAGAUGUCUAGUUUCCACCUCUCCACCCCUGCCCAACCAUCCCUCUUUGCUGGGAAAAGCUGCCUUGAGCUUGUAGGGGAAAGAAGCCCCACCAAGGCAUGGCUGUCAUGUGUCUCUUUGGAAGCCUCACAAGGCUGGAAACUAGACCUUAUAACCAGGUUGCUUCUCAGACUAUUACCAGGUUCAGAGUGUGGCAGUGGUUCACAUCUUCUGCAGGUAUGCCUUAGGUGUGUUGCUUCAGAGUGGGCUAUUGUGUGGGGGCUAUUUAGUGUGGUAAUUCCUCAGUUCUUCUUGUCUCCAAGGGGGCAUAUCACUGGCUGCGGAUGUGCCAUGCUGCAAGCGGGUCUCUGAAGUGCUGCUUCACAUCAGUGCUGUAAUUCAGCCUCAACACAGACCUUGGCUCCAUUGAUAGGAGCCAGAAAUGCUCAGUGACCCAGAAGGAAGACAGGCACUCCUGGUCUUUGAGCUGGGAGGUCAAAAGCAUUUCCCAUGAUUUCUUGACUCCACAUACUGUCUGUUUGUUUACCACAGUAUUAGGAUGGUUUGCGCUAACGUCCAGCCCAUGCUGUGGGUGAGGCAGUAUCUGUGAUACUCUUAGCUUAGCAGGGUGCAUAAGCAACUUUUUCUUGUCUGGUUGGGGGAUAAGCUGUGGAGUAGGUGAGCGUACUGUGACAGCCUCCAUUUUAUAGGGGUGGUUUUUUUCUGCUUUCUGACAUCUCUAGUAACUCCAGUUUCCAGUUGGUGCUGAUGGCAGAUUGCCUGGCAAAUUCUGAUGGGGCAGCUCCAAAUACUUGUUGAAGUAGUUAAACACAUAUGGCCAGAAUAUGAUACCCAAGUAGUAUCAUACUUCAAAAAUAAAUUCAUUAGCUUCAAAGGUCUUCAUCUGUGGGCAGCUGGAACGAAUUGAGUGACCACAGCUCAAUGAAUUACCAUUUGUAUUAAGGCCCUGGGAGGGUUGUUAACCCACGAAGGAGGAGACUUCUGAUUCAGAUCACUCUCAUGGUUUUGCCUCAUGCUGGCGGGAGGGUAGAUAUCCCAGUCUCUGCAGCUCAGCUCACAGGUGACUCAGUAAUUGUCUCCCAGUACUCCGACUGAGGGUGUCAGACCUGCUCCACCAGCAAAUUGCAAGCUCACCGUGGUGGUCUGCAGCUUCACUGCACAGCAGGGACAUGGCAGUGUGGCCAGGGGCUAGUGCUGACAACUCUUAUAAGCUUUCCUCUCUGCCUACAGCAAAGGACUGGGGUCUUCUCCCAUGGCUCUUGACAUGGAGAACCUUUUCCUAGGAAGUCAAAAGGGCAGCUGGCAAAACACCAUACUGUUCCCACCUAUCACAGUCCAUAAGCUGGUGGCUGGGUAGGGUGGCUUACAGUGUGGCACUGCAGGUGGCUGGCUGUGCUCCUGACUACACUGUGCUCUGUUGGGAAAGCUGAAUUUUUGUCCCAUAGUAAGACUCUGAUUUCUGCAAGAUGAGGGUAGCUGGCUCCAAAAUGGGGUUGACUUUUCUCCUUUCUUUUUCCCUUUCUUUUUCCUUGCCACUCACUUUUUUUUGAUCUGGUGUUAGACCUCUUCAGUGAGUUUCAACUCACUUUUUCUCACAUUUCAACUUUUUCUGCUGCAUUUCUGCUCAGCAGAAGAGAGCCAGUAUAGCAGAGUCAUUAACCUGGUUCGGCUACUACAGCCUUUUAACCCAUCAAAAGGGUAAAGCAGAUUGAGACCCUUCUGAAUAAUUUGCAGAUGAAUUGGUUGCCUCCAGAACCAUUUACCAGCUUUUGGGAGAUUGGUUCAGUGCUACCAGGAACAAAAUUUGGCCUUGAACUUAAGAAAGAGGCAGAGUGCCAAAGCACAGGCCUGCACGCAGUCUGCACCAAUGUCAGUGCAGGCUUUCCCAUGUGGCCUUCUCAUGACACCAAACCAAGAGUCAGAUAUGGGGAUAAGACAUGAAUGUUACUGGAUGGAUCUGUAUGCAAUGUGCACAGUACAUGCACUUGGAUCUGUUCAUGUGAUUGCACAUUUAGCUGGACAGAGCUGUGGGCACUUGGACAGCUUCAGCUCUAUUGUAUUAGUCAUUCAUGCAUGAUAUUGUGGGUUUGCACAAUGCAUGUGUAUUCAUGCAGGUAGUUCAGCAGAUUCAGCAGGAACUGAAGUCUCUGAUAUCUGGCUGUUGCAAACUGCCUGUUUCAAAUAUAUAUUUAUACAACUAAGUGUAUUUUUAAAUGCAGGAGAAUGAAAUACUGUUGUGAACUACAUUGUAGACUAAAUUACAAGGGAUAUCUAAAAUAACAGCACAUACCUUGGUCAUUUGCAUAGUGCAAUAAUUCUAUUUAGCAGCAUCCAGGCUAUUGAUAUAUAGGACAAUCUAAGAAUGGAAUCAGUGUCCCUGUUGAACAUUCUCCUUCAUGAAGAAUAUCAACUUUUUCAAACUGUUUAGUGGGGUUUUUUUUUAGAAGCUGCUGUUAACUGGUAUUCAGUCUACAGCAUAGUUGCCCUCUUAGAAAGCUGUGUAGAGAAUGAGAUGCAAGCAACAGAUGUUUGUGACCAGAUCUUGUUCUGCUGUUUGUGCAAGCAGUGUGGGGUGGAUGAUGGGGAUCAGGAAUUGGCAUCGCUAGGUUAAUGGUUGGACUCAAUGAUCUUAAAGGUUUUUUCCAACCUAAACAAUUCUAUGAGUCUAAGAGCAGGUGUUGUGUCACUCUAGAGCCUGGGCUGCCCUAAGGACUGAAACAGCCUUAAAGGAAACUGAGAUUCCUGUUGCACUAGGUUUUCUCUCUCAUAUUUCCCCUUUCUUGUCACCCUGUGCAAGUACAUCCCAUAAGUGCAUUGACUGACCUGACUAGCACAUGUGGUGCAUGGGUUGAUCAUUCCUUCCAACAAUAAGCUGCAACUGACUGUGAUAACUGACUGGUCUUCCCCAUCCCUAACAUUCCUGUCGUCUCACUGUCCCUGACCCUCUAAUAUUCCCCUCUCCGAGUGUCUGCACCAUGGGGCGAGGGGACCACAGGAUGGCUCUUGGCUGAGAGCUCCCUCCCUGCCUAUCAAGUGACCUUGUGCUUUGGGGAUAACGCGCUCAGGGCGGACCGCCUCGUGUUGGGAACGUGGGGUUUGUGGGAUACUGCAUGCGAGCACUUUGGAGGCUCGCAUCUUUCAUUCUGAAAGCAUUCUCAGUCUCUGUUCUCUUAUACUCUUUGUGAGAAAGCUUCCAAAUAGUGAAAUUAGAUGAAAUUCACUCCUGUGUAGAGGAUCAGGCCCAUAUCUGUGCACUGUUUGGUCUUCCACUGACAUCCUUAAAACAGGACUGAGAUGACUGGUCCUCAACAGUACGUAACUUUUGGGCUUACUCCAUCAUGGAAAUCAGUUCAUCUCAGGUGGUGCGGCCAACAGGGCAUCGUGACCCCCCUGACUCCCUGAACUCCCAGAGGCAGUGUGAAUGUGUGGGAAGGAGAAGAACUUACAGGACACAGAAAUGUCAUUUGAUUUGCCUGAUAUGAGCCAAUUCAUGCCUCUGAGUUAGGGUAGAAGACUCAGCUGUCCACUAUGAAAUGUGGUGGGAAGUGGGUCUGCAUUUCUUAAAGAGUGUACUUUGCUAAACAUUAGUGUGAAGAGAUGACUGCUUUGCUGUCCUUGUUCUUAAGAGAGAAGAUGUAUUUUCUUUCUGUGCAUUCAUGUGUGUGCUGAAUCUGCACUCUCAGUGCUGAGGAGGAGUGUAGAGAGAAGGCAUGAAGUAUGGCUAUAUGCCUAGCCAAGAAAAUUGAACUGUACUUUCUGGUGAUGGUCUCCAUGUGCUGAGAUGCGCCUUGAUGGUUGGGGACAGUACCGCAUCAGAUGGUGUUUCCCGGCACAUCUGUUGGCUCUCUGCAGAGCCAACUUGGGUGUCACUAUAGCUCUCUCCAGAAACCAAGACUCUGGGGACACCUUGUCAAGGACAACUCUAUCAGCCACGCAUCUGAAAGCCAAGAAGGGGGAAGGCCCUGAGCACAACUAAAUGGUGGUGCUUUCCCCGUGGGCACCAUACGAUGGACGCAUGAGUCUGCACUGUAUCUCCUCAAGGGUUUUGGAAAGCUAAGCGCCACCGGGGACAUCACAACUCCACCUCUUCAUCAGCAGCGUAACUUCAGCUGGCGAUGGAGUGGCCCUUCUGAGGACAAGUUGGGUUUCUCUGAGCCCCCCAGCAAGUUGCAUGGUUGCACUGCUUCCAGCUCCAUUUGUGCAAACCAGGUGCCAGCCCACGCCUCCCCACUCUCUGUCUGAGGCUCUAUGAAGCUCUGCUGAAGCUCUCCUCCAGCACCUUGACCCUUCCUGAGAGCAGCAGAGGGGCAUUUACAGCAGUAAUGCUGGAAAGAUAAAAAGUCCACAGCUUAGAGACACCUGUGAGCUUGUUGAACAGUUUUAACACUAGCCAUUCACUGAAACAAGUUCAAAGCAGUGGUGAUGUCUAGAGCUUUAUUCCUAAUCUGUUGGGGGAAAAAAUCGCUUUGGCACAAAAUUUGCUUGUUACAUGAACUGAUGGGUUUUAACAUAGUCUGUACAGUCUCUGUCUCAAGCAAGGAAUUUAUUUCCUCUGUUUUCUCACUGAAUUAGUUAAUGUUAGUUGGUAAUACAGACAAAAUUCUGUUUGUUUUAUUAUACAAAUACUGUUAAGUGAGUUGUCUGUCCAUUGGAAUUGGAGUUAUUGUUUCAAAGGGAUCAGGAUGCUUUUGCCUGGUCUUUUAUUCUUGUGGUCAGCAUUCAUUAUGCAGCAGCCACUAGUAUCUGAAAAGAGCACUACCUUUUCAAAUUUCAAUUUGACCUUUUGUAAUUAAUAGAGGUUUCAUUCACAGUGUUUAUAGAAACUGGUGAAGUAGAUGCUAUCAUUGAAAUUCAGGGGGAUAGAGUUUCAUGGGAAUGAGAAGAACUGUUUAGCUCUUUCACAGUGCUUUGGGAAUCCGCCUUUGCAGUUUUUUGGUUACUACUCUUUUAUACAGUCCAUAUGUGUCAAAAAAAUAACGAAACAGCCAAGUGAGGGGAAAAGAAUGAAGUUUUGGACAAUUACACUGUAUUAUUAUUAUGCUAGAAAACUAAACUCUUUAAUUUUACAGAUAUUAUCUUUGCCAUUUCAGCUGUUAUUUUUGUGAACAAAACCAACUUUCUAACAUUCGAAUUUGAUCUACUUUCUGAAGGCUGUAAUCUUGCCAAGACUGCCCUCCUUACCAUUAUAGCAUGUCUCAACUAGCCUGAAUCAUGUGUAGCCUUAAGUCUGGUUUACCCUACACUGUCUCUGCCAGAAUUCCUCCUUUUCUUUUACUAUCACGCAUUAAUACUCUUAGCCUAUGUCACAUUUCCAGCCUGAAAACAAGCUAAAGCAGGAGACACAUUUCAGCCUAUGUAUCUUCAGCAGUAUCUAUACUUCGCAUUAGAAUGCAUAUAGCUGAAGCGAGGCAAUAGUAACUGGCUUCAAACUGAUCUUGGUAACUUCUGUGAAGGAAGACAAACACCCAUAGCAGGGGGUUUGGAAACAGAUGAUCCUUAAGAUCCCCUCCAGCCCAAACCAUUCUAUGCUUCUAUGAAGACAAAUCUUCUAGUAGCUCUGAGGCUGAAGGUGCAAUGAAUGAUGACUGCAGUGUAAAUCACUCUGUGGAGAACUUCUUUGUUUUCUGCAUGGUGCUUGUAGUUGAGAUCUUGCAAGCUUUGCCUUCCGUGAGAGCUUUGUCUAUAAGUGUUUUUCCAGACUGGGUUCUUCUGCACAAGGCUGGGUGUAUGGAUGUGAAAUGCAGGUGCAGAAAUACCCAGAGCAUUCAAUGCUGUGCAGACGAAAUGUGACAUGAAACCUCUUAAUGGAGUCAGAAAGAUGUCAGGGGAAGAAGUGGUGAGAACCUGAUUUUGCUCCUGUUUAUGGCUUUGCCUGCUAGCUGAGUGGUGCUGCCACUGGAGAGGAUUUGGUGCCAGUUCUGCAGAGCACUGAGGGAAAUGCAUGCCUGUGCUGCCUGCCUCCACCUAGCUCGGGCUGUGAACAGGCUAAGCUGUAAGCACAUGACUAUCCCCUCCAGAACAAAUGGGUCUGAAUUGCGCAGGGAAGGACAUCGCUUGGACAUGGUUGCAUUGUUAGUGCUUGUUUUUGUCCGUGUGACCCAUCUACCUCAGGGUCAUAUUGAGACCUGUUAGGGAAGACCAAAUAUUCAAGACUGGAAGUAAAAGAAGGGGCAGAAUAUCUAAAUGUUAUGAAGGUAGUGAAAAGGCAGUGGGAAAGCCUGGCAAUCAUAAUGGAAGUUUCUGUCUUUUUUUCUAAAGAAGGCAAGCAUAAUCCUUAUCCUUUAAUAUCCUACUUUGUUUUACACUGGAAUUAGAAAAUCUUUUCCAUUUGUUUUAAUUAUCUGCUGGCUUUAACUCUGCCUUUGAAAAGCAUUUUUGCUAUGACAACCCUUGGUCUCAUAGUAAGCAGCGCUACGGAGAGACAGCUAAAGUAAGACUUUUAUCUUUCCUUGCAUGCAGUGUUUACUCUUUCUAAUCUUUUAAUGUGACUGUGUUUUCUCCUAUUUUGUAAACUGAUUAGCAGUGUUUCUUCAAAAAAAGUGGUUGAAAAACAUAUUUUGCUUAAACGGAACCAAAUUUCCAUCUAACAAUGUGAAUUCUCUUAAGUGACCAAUUCAUUCCAAAGUUAAACCUCUUGCUAAGGCUAACUUCCAGUCACUGACUUUAAUGGCAACUCAACUUUUUUAAGAGCAGUUUGUAAAAAAGUAGGUUUUGUUAAUGCUUUUGGUUUGUUUUAUAAUAAAAAGAUUCACUGUCUUGCCAAAUAAAAUAAUAGUAAUAAUAUUAAUAAUAAUAAUUCUAUGCAUUGUGUGAUUCAGUGAUGUUGCUGUUGAAAUUUUGCAUGUUUUCGAGAUGUUCUGACACUUGUAUGUUCUGUGGUACUUGUAAAAAUGCUAACCAUUGCUGCUAUAAUCACCACCAUUGUAGGUAAAUGAAAACACUACUAAGAAACUGUGCCAGUUAGCGGGGUUUUUUGUGUGUCAUGGUAAUACUCUGCAUUCUGCUGUUCAUUUCCUGUUUUAAGCCAGUAUUUAGUGCCUUCUGUAGAAGGAAUCAAUAUGUUGUGGUAGACAGGAGGUGCCAAACUUCUAAUAUCUUGUUCUGCACAGAUGAUUACUUACCAUCUUGAAGCUUAAAUAAAAAAGAAACAGAAAGGAAAAAGGAAAAAAAAAACCACCAACUUGAACUCUCCAUCUUUCUUUAAAGAAGUAUCUUCUCAUUAAUUGUCAUUUGGGGAAAAAACCCUUUAAUAGUGCUGAAAAGAAGCCAUUUUCCCCAGCUAUGCCUCCUGCAGCAGCAGUCUGCCAACUGUGAAUGUGAGGGGUAUGAGGGAAUGCGCAGUACCCAAAUGUUCUUGUUGGUAACGGAUCCAGUGAUUAGCCAGGGCUGCUCAAGUCAUUGCAGAGCAUGCUAAAAUGGCAUGUAAUGAAAGCAACCCUCUGAUUACCAUCAGAAGCUGUUAGCUCUCAUAACACUUGUGAGCUUGCUCUUGUAAACAAGCAUCAGCCUGGUCAAGUGGUGGAUUCCAGUCCCUGUUCUGCCUCCACUGAAGCCACACAUUGCUGCCAAAUGAGACUUGGAUGAAAUUCAAGCCCAAGAUUUUUGGUCUCGUUCUUUCCAACUGCUUUCAUGGCAGACAAGCCUUGUUUAUCAAAAUUCUGACAUUGCAUUUUCAGUUCCUCUUGCACCCUCUGCUUAGAAUCUGGCAGUAUAGCAAACACGCACACCAUACACACUCAUUGUGAUUUUGAUGAGAUUUUGACAGGCUGAAAUUGUACACACUGUAAUCAUACAACAGAAACAGGCAGGAGGGAAAUGCGAGAUGUUCAUCUGUGUAGUGCAUUUCCCAGCCACCAGGCAUGGUCCAAUAAAUCUAGGCUGGUCUUUAAUAUUUUGUGUGGAAAAGAGAAAAGGCUAACCAUCGCUCUUACAUCUUUACUGAGCGAUGAAAGCCUGUUACAUAUCUUGAAAAGACUUUUCAAAUCAGAAUACUAAGUCACCAGAAAAACUCUGUGAUUGGGAAAAUAAGAGCGCAUUAAAUUCAUCCUUACAGGUACUGGUCUAAAGUGCUGUCUGUUCCCAUCUCUUGGAGGGAAUGGGGUUCCCUUCAGAAAUACUAGCUCCUUUUACUGUCCAUUAAAAAUUUAUAGCUUCUUCAGGUUCCUUCUGCCAGAGCAGAUACCAGCUGAGACCAGUUGCAAUGUGUUUGUCCAUUGUUUUGCUUGUCUAACAUUAAAGAUGUUAAAUAUGUAAAUAAGCAUUGAUACCUGGUCUUAUUUCAUGCAUUUCUUCCAUUUAUAGCUAGAUUUGCGUCUCCAUGGUCCCACCAAUUCCACUCAUUGUCAUGCCAAUUGGUCUUCAUAGCUGAUUUUAUGUGUUGGUCCAACUUAAAAAAAAGAAAAAACCAUCAUAUUCUUGCAGCACAGCAGCUGUUUUUUUCCCAUCUUCUUCUCUUCCGUUGUGAAUCUAGAUAUAUUUGCAUUAUCUUCAGCUUAGAUUUGAGUCAGGAACGGGGUCAGCAUCCUUUAUUUAGCACUUCGCACUCUGGAAAUGCAGUUAUGGUUUUAUAGGUACAGACUUAGCAUUAGGAUUUAGCUUGCUGCCUGUGGCUUUAGUGGCAUUUGUUUGCUUUUAACUAUGGUUCACUGAUUUCAAGCUGCAAACUGGCCAAUUUAGAUACCACCUUUCAAUCACUGUGAUGCCUUUGGUGUACUUGUUGUCAGUCUUGUAAUUGCCCUUGUCAUUGUGUUUUGUGUGAGGUGCAUUAUAUUGCAGGACAAGCUUUAUUUUUGUUUUGUUUUAAAAAUACUGUAUCUUAGGCUGUGCUGCUGAAAGGAGACAGGAGAGAAUAAUCCAUCCAAACGCCAGUGGAAUUUGGGGACUUAGGUUUUUUCAGUCCCCUUUGCAAGCCCCAGCUGUAAUCAGCUGUUUAAGGCAGAGAUCUUGGCAUAAGCAGCGCCACAGAUCUUCCACUCAAAAUGCAGUUUUCUGCAUGCAGGACACCUCCUUACACAGAUCUCUUGACCCUGCAUUAGGGAGAAGUAAUAGUCUGAUGCUUUUUAAUGCAUUAAGCUCUGCAAAUUUGGAAUAUCUGAGGGGAAGGGAGAGAUCACUGGGUCUUUUUCUGAAAACGUAAGCAAAAUUGUCAGCUAUAGUCCAUGUUCAGACCUCAUUCGACCCCAUUGUUCUCGAAUUAAUUUCUUUCUGGAGUUGCACAGAGACCUGAGAAAAACAAGCAAAAAGGCUUUGCUGCUGUAAAUGAGGAAAGAUUUCACAACCUUCUUUAAGCCCCAGAUCCCCAACUGGGUUUCCAGAGCUGGUAGUCUUUUUACUCAUCAACUGGAUCGGUUUUGACCUAUGUGGACGCCAUGUUGCUAUUUCUGAGGUGUAUUUUUAAGAAACAAACUUCAUACAGGGUGAAGUUCUUCACAGGUGAAGAAGUCAAUAAUUGUCUGUCACUUGUACCAGUUGAGACCUGUGGGUUUUUUAUGUUGGGUUGUUGAGGUUUUUUUCCCCUACUGCAAGACACACCACUCUUUAAUGAGGAUAAAGGAAGGCAUGUUGUAGUGCUGUCUGCCACACUUCAGUCAGAUGCCUCAUUAAAAAAUGCUCUUUUAGUGUUUGAGUACAAAAGUGCCCUCAAUAAGAAGACAAUACAACCAGAGGUCUUUUUUGGGUGGGUUUUUGUGUUUUUUUUAAAGGUGUCUGAGUUUCAUCCCUUUCUCAGUCGUCAGAUAAUUAGGCUUUUGAAAAGAAUUAUUCAGUUAUGUGCUAAUUGGAGUAUGACACUCACUUUUACUGAUCUGCAGAUUUCAGAUAUUCUGAUCUUUAUGUCACUUCGGCUCCAUUUUUAUUCCCAUGUGAUAACCUCCGAAAAGUCUGGUUCUGCUGCGUUAGAGAUUGAUUUCACUGUCCGUACAAUGUUUGCUACUAUUGUAGUGUGACCUUUUAUUUUCAUUUUAUAAGGUUGGAUUCAUACAGCCUUAAACUUACAGAAUUAAAGGCCAUUUUACAAUAAUCGAGAUUAGAUAGAUAGUCAUCGAUGUCUGUGAUAAAUGCAUGCUUUAUUCACAGUGUUUUGUCUGUAAUUAGGUGUAGCAACCAAGUCUCAUGUACUUAAUAAACUGUUUUCUGCAAA